GUCACCUUCUCUAUCUGAAAGACUCCACCCUCCUACAGAAAUAAAAACAUAAAAAAUUUAGACAUUAACGCUUCAGAAACAUUGAUCUCAGGACAUCUGCCACAUCGCAGAUUUUGCUGUGAUGACUGUCUUGGCUGUGCUGUGUUUGCUGCUUCUGCAGACUGGAGCUCAUGGUUUUGGUAUAUUUAAUGGAAAGUCUCUGAGCCACCAAGCCAUCACAGAGAGAGCCGCCCUAAAUGUCACAUUGCAGGUGUGCCACAGCCUGGCUCUGUCUGAGGGCAGGGAUUUCACUUUUCCUCGUCAGCCUUUUACUGCUUCAUCUGUUGCUGCUGCCUGCGGAGCAUCAAAAUCCUUAAAAAGUUUCAUCGAAACCAUUCAGCGGAUUCAGAGGAAGAAUUGGCAAACGGACAUUAAAUAUGCCCUGAGCGCUCGUCGUCACUGUGACAACGAGGAGCUGGAUGCAGGGAAGAAGAUAAUCACAGACGGUUUAUCGGUCGUCAAGGCCUCCAAUAAGCAGCAGAACUUUGUUUCAGCAACAUCGAGCCUCGGAAGGAUUUUCCACACUUUACAGGAUUUCUACAGUCACAGUAACUGGGUGGAAAUAGGCCACAAAUUCCCAAAUACCAAUUUGAUCAAAGCGAACGCCCCUGUUGGAAACAUAGCAGCUAAAACCAGAGCAACCUGUCAGAGCUGUGCUGGAGAUGACUGCAGAAACAACAUUCGGAGCGACAUUCUGAAAAACAACAUACUUACUUCAGGAUAUUUCAGUGUGAAUCCUUUUUCCAAGCCCGCAGGAAAAUGCAGUCAUGGCGGUGUACCGGAUAGUACAAGUUUAAUGGAACCAAAAGGUGGAAUCAAUAAAGAUACGCUGGACUCCAGCCAUGGACACCUUCACUCUCAAGCAGCCAACAUGGCGAUAGCAGCAACCAGUGAGCUGCUGGAGGACGUUCGCAGUGCAGCUGGGGACAAAGCAUUCCUUGAGAUGAUGGGGCUGUUCAAAGGGAAACCGUUGUGUUUUGUGGUCGACACAACAGGAAGCAUGGGGGAUGACAUCGCUGCAGUGAAAGAGGUCACAUCCUCAAUAAUAAACAGCAAGCUGGGAACACCGGAUGAGCCGUCGGUUUAUGUUCUGGUUCCUUUCAGUGAUCCAGAUUUUGGGCCACUGAUACGGACAACAGACCCGGAAAUUUUUAAGGCCUACAUCAACUCACUGAGAGCAGCUGGAGGUGGAGAUAUUCCAGAACUGAGUCUUUCUGGACUUCAGCUAGCUCUGACUGGCGCGCCUCCCAAUUCUGAGAUCUUUAUUUUUACCGAUGCUCCGGCCAAAGACAAACACCUGAGAAACCCGGUGAUUGCACUUAUUGAGCAGACCAAAUCUGUGGUGAACUUCAUGAUAACUAAUGUUCUUGGGAUCCGUCAACAAACACCAGGAAAGGGUAACCAGCAACAAAGCUAUCGGAUGGCCAGAGCAGACGGUCAGCUGUACAGAGACCUGGCUCAGACCUCAGGAGGUCAGGCUGUCGAAGUCUCCAAAAGUAAUCUGCUGGAGGCCAUCAACAUCCUAACUGAAUCCACUAGCUCCUCUCUGGUAACCCUUCUGCAAGCUUCCAGGAAUCCUGGAAAAACUGAAAUCUUUACCUUUUCAGUUGAUGAGUCAGUGAGAAAUUUGACAAUUUACAUCACUGGAAGUAAUGUUGAGUUUACGCUCAUCGAUCCCUCAGGUGUGGUUCAAAAUGAUGUUAAUACAGCAGGAUCUUCAAUAAUUUCAUCCCAGACGGUUGGAAACCUCCACACUGUCAAGUUGCUGACGCUAGCAGGAGUUUGGGAAAUAGGAAUAGUGUCAAGCAAUCCCUACAGUCUGAAAGUUGUAGGAGAGAGCUCCAUCGACUUCCUGUUUGACUUCAUUGUGGAGUCUGACGGUCCGUUUGGAGGAUUUGAUGUAAUUGACAAUCGACCCACAGCUGGAGAAAAUGCCAGUCUGCUGGUGACUCUGUUCGGAAGCGACUCUGCCACGGUGACAGAGGUCACGCUGAUUGAAUCGUCGGGUUCUGGUCAGGUUAACGGCACCGUGGAGGCCCAGGGUGGAGGAGAAUAUAUCGUCCACUUCGACAGGAUCCCAUCGGUUGAGUUUGUUGUGCUUGUGAAGGGCCAGAACAACGACGGCGUUUCCAGAGCUUCUUCAGGGAUCUUCCAAAGACAGUCGGCCACCAGCCUGAGAGCCUCUGUUCUCACUGUCACUGCGGAUGAGUUAGACAUCGUGUUGGAGCCAGGAACGCUAAAAUCAGUUCUUUUCUCUGUGAUGACAACCGGCGAAGGAGGACGCUUCACCAUUCAAGCCACCAAUGACCAAGACCUUCCGCUGUUUUACCCAACUAAUUUACUACUGAGUGCUGGAGGUAGUGCUAACGGGACAGUGAAUGUCACAGCUCCUGCCGACACGCCGUCCGGUACCGUCGUCACUCUGACCGUUGGGGCCGUGGCUCCUGGAGGUUCAGACACCAACUAUGCUGUGCUGCAUCUCACCGUCCUUCCAAAAGUGACUGAUUUCACUCCACCAGUGUGCAAACAACUCAGCCCGCAGAACAGAUGCUUUAAAAACUGCAACCAGUUGACGUGGGAGGUCUCCGUCCAGGUGAGCGAUGGCGUUAACGGGACGGGCGUGGACAGCGUCAGUCUCAGAGAAGGCAGCGGCACGAUGAACAUCAGCACAGCAGCUGAUAAUACAACGACAGUGACGUAUGUGGCUUCCUGCUGCUCGUCUAAAAUGCAGCUGGUGGUUGUGGAUCAAGUCGGCAACGUGGAAAUCUGUAGUUUCUCUGCCGCAUCUUGGACCUCGAGAGUGGAUUACUCAGUUUUACUUUUCUUUGUCUUCACAUUCCUGAAAGUUUGCUUGUAGCCCCGGACGGUGAUCAUCAGAAUUUUCCAACUUAUGAACCAUGUUGGAAGAUUAGAUCCUAACUAAAUGUCAGCUUUUUUGGGGCUUUUCACAGAAUUGAACAGAAAAUGUAAUUUUUGAUUUCUAAACCAGUUUCUCUUACACAAAGCAACAACUAUGUCAUGUCUGAAGGUGGCACCAAUAUGGAAAUCGUCUGAACUUAAAGUUGAGUGUUACAGUUUUUUUGUUUUUUGUUUUUUAAUUCUUACGUACUAAACAAUUCAACUGUACAUCCAAUUAGAAGACCUUCUGUAAAAAUGGAAUAAACUUUAUGUAUAAGAAACACUGCACACACUUUAAAAAGUCAGGGUUUCCCCCAGUAUAUCAUAAGUCUGGCGGGCCACCAGGCUUUACUUGUGCCCCCACCACAUUAUUUAUUUAAGUCUUUUUAAAAUGUUUGCAACUUUAUAGUUGGUGUUCAGGUAUUAAUCUUCCAAUCUUUCAAUAACACAUAAUUAUCAAGUGAUUUUUUCAAAUUUCCUGUCAACUUUAAACAUUUUUAACUCAAAAACACGGCGGGCUGCUGGAUGAAAGACUGCUGUAGCACCCAACCACCAGGCUGAGCAAGUUUUCUGGAGGAAACUUUGAAAAGGUGUUCACAGUAAUAAACUUUGCAUUGAGAAUAUCUCAGGCUAUUUUAGCUCAAAGUAUUUUCAUGACAGAUUUCUUACAUGGAGGUUUUUAUAAGCUUUAUAUCAUUUUGUAGUUUUAUUUCCUCAUCAAAAACAAUGCUGCUUUGAUUCUUUCAUGCAUGUUUGAGGAAUCCUUGAAUCUCCUGUGGCAGCCAAUAGGGGAUGCUUUAACUCCAGCUCAUACAAUACGUCGCGCCUUUUCCAUAUAGUUGAGCUUCCACCUCACAAAGCAUCCCUCUCCUGCAACUUCCCACUCUGCUCCUCUAGACUAGUUGCAGCAACGAUUAGCUAACGCCUGGCUGAACUCUGAAUCUGCUUAGGUCAUCACAGCAUGUACUUCUCAGAGCGGAAAACAAUCACCCGGCUUCUUGUCAACCAACCGAUCUGGUCCAUGUUCACGACCAGAUGGAUUCCUAGAUGAUCAGAUAAGUUGAAGCAGAAAGUUUCAACACGCCAAGCAGGAGAAACGUGAUCUUGUCUCUAUUAUCAGAUAUGAAAGGAACACUGAAUUUCCGUGAUCCUGCUUUCCAAUUCAGAAAAAGACUGUAAUUUAUAAUAAAAUAAUCAGUUAAUAUUUUUAUUAAAGCUGAAAAAAACUAUACAAGUAGAUUUAGUUCUGGAGAAGUCGGAUGUGGAGGUGAACGGUUCAGUAAUUUCAAGUUUUUCUUGCUUCAUGACAAAUAGAUUCGUCUUUUUACAAGAUGAUAAAAUUUAAUAUUUAGCUUACCAAAGAGUUUUAACUUCUGUCACUCUAAUGCAUAAUGUUUUUCUGUCAUAUAUUGUGGCUAAAACACCAGGUGGACUGAACAUGUGCAUCAUAUUGCAAAUGCAAUUCAAAUAGCGCUGCAAUGAUCCUACUUAUCCUUAUGCUAUACACUUCCAUUUUUUGGUUUUAAUUUAAUUAAUAUAAAUUAAAUGUUUUUAAUUUAAUGUGUUUUAUUAAACCUUCUUAAAACCACA